UAUUACUAUAAUAGCCCACGCUCUCGAGCGGCAUAUAUAGAUGAAAGUAAAACGAAUUGUUUAGGAUUACUUUAAAUCUCAACGGAGAAUUACAGAUGAAUUAAGAUCGAACGUGGGGCUUUUCUAAUAAAAUCAUUAAGUUUAAUUCUACAAAAAAAGUUUACGGAGACAUAAGACGUGAAUUAUGGUGGCUUCGGCAAGAACAUUUAUACAACAGCUUAGGAACUCAGUGACUAAAUCAUCGAUGUAUAUAGUGAUCGUUUGUUUAUCCUUACCGGCAAUAUUUGGAAUGCCAUACAUGGAUGCUUCGAACAAUUUAGAAAAGUUAUACCAGAACGGUUACCUAGAUGAACCGGACACAUCAAGUGACAUUGAGGAACUAUUAGCUGAAUAUCAACGACCAACACAUCCAUUUCAAGAACUAGGUCAAAUGUUAGAUGACAGAUAUGACGCUGGUAAUGAUGAAAGCUAUGAUAUCAACGGCUUUGACUUCUUUGGCAAUCGGGACGAUAAGUUGGUAGGAGCACGAGCAAAACGUCUUGGAUAUUCGUAUUUUCCUUUCCGGUACACACGCCAGUAUAUGCUAAAACACCAGAAUAGGCCUCUACCGGAACUGUUGAAGGCAGCCAAUGAGUUUCAAGCAGAUGAAUUCCCGCCUGUGAAAAGACGACUUGCCUUUACCGCUUUGAGAGGACGGUAGUUGCCUAGACGACUAUUGGUGACAUUCUUUGUCAUUUACUCAGCUUUAGAGACAACUUUUUUCCAAGAAAAUAAAGAAAUUGUAAUCGAACGUUUAAAGAUAUUUUUGAUAUAUUAAUUUAUUGGAAAAGUAGAUGCUAACUCUUCAAGUUUUGUUUCGACUUGGUACAUAUGUGAAUUUCAGAGCGUGUGUUACAAUAACAUAUAUAUAUUUGUGUGUUACGGAAUGUCUUUGACAAUGAAAUUUGAAUAAAUUAGUUUUGAUAAAAUUCAGUAUCUAUUAAUAAAUGACAAACCGUUUUCAAGUUGGACUAAAAAUUGAUUUCUUUAUCUUUUUCUUCCUAUAUUUGUAUAGAAUCAUGUGUUUGUAUGGUUGCUUUUUCUCAGUUAUUAAAUGCCUUUAUAAUACUAACAUGUUAUAAUUGUUAGUUACAAUAUGUAUACAAUUGAAAGAGCGAUACGAUCGGGGGAUAUUUCAAGAUGAAAUUGCAGACGCCUGGAUACAGGGACGAUUUGUUAAAUUGCAGUUUUAUGAAGUUGUUUGAUGUCUGUUCUCAUAAAUAAAGUCUCUACAACUCUGUUA